AUGAACUUGUCUCUUCAGGAUCCGUUCACGGUCACGAAGGAAUACCCAGAUACUCUUCUACAGACAUUCCAGUACGGGCAUUCUGUCACGAUACAAUUCAACCAAAAAGGAGAUUACCUUGCAUCUGGCCUCAGUGAUGGUACUAUUGUCAUAUAUGAUCUUGUGACUAGUAGUCCUGUUGCUAUAUUAAGUCGUGGAGGACAUGUCAGACCCAUAACUUCACUUAAAUGGUCGAAAUGUGGCCGCUACCUACUAUCGUCUUCACAAGAUUGGUAUUGUAUUUUGUGGGAUUUAAGCAAAGCAAAUGUCGAUGUGGUGGACGAGAAUCCAGCGAUACUUCGAAAGGUCAAGUUUGAUAGCCCCAUUUGGCUGGCGUCGAUGCAUCCCCGAAACCACUUGAUGUUUACUGCAUCACUUUUUGAAGACGACCCAGUCUUUGUCAACAUGGAGUCGGAAUCUGAAAUAAAAGUGUCGAAGCUUCAAACAGAACCGUUCGAAAGUGGAGAAGGAGAAGACGACGAAGACCCUAAAAAGAAGAGUACAAAGCAUAUGACUUUGGUGACAGCAUUUACCUCUCUGGGAGACUACAUAUUCGCGGGAACUAGCAAAGGAUGGCUUAAUAUUAUUUCUACGGAGAGUCUAAAGACGGUUCAUCUGGUGAAAAUCACCAACAGCAAUAUCAAAACACUUGAGAUCUCCGUGAAUGGGCGCAAAUUGGCUGUGAACUCGUCUGACAGAAUCAUUCGUCAAGUUGAGUUGCCUGAUAUGAUCAAUAACAACAACCCCGAACUGUGGGAAUUCGAAAUAGAGCAUCGAUACCAGGAUAUGGUCAACAGACUCCAAUGGAAUACUGUGGCAUUCAAUCAUAAUUCUGAGUUUUUGGUGGCUUCGACAUUUGGUCAAAGCUCGCACGACUUGUAUGUUUGGGAGACUUCGAUGGGAUCAUUAAUCAAGAUUUUAGAAGGAAGCCAUGAAGAGCUCAUUGACGUCAAGUGGAAUAGUUCUAGGUGUAUGAUAGGGUCUACAGGACUAGACAGUGGAAGAAUUUACUUGUGGACAGUUCAGUUUCCGCUGAAGUGGAGCGCUUUGGCACCGGAUUUUGUUGAGAUUGAAGAGAACGAAGAGUACGAAGAAAAAGAGGAUGAAUUCGACAUUAUAGACGAGACGGACUUGAUCAAAAAGCGGUUGGAAGAGGAAGAUACAGUGGUGGACAUUUUAACCAAAGAGGUUGUCGAUGCGCGUGGUUUUGACACACAAGUCAAAUCUUUCGUGAUUCCUAUUAACUACGAAAAGCCAGUGACCACCUCCUUUUAA